CUUUUGGUGGUAUACUUUUGUUUAGAUAACGUUCUAAGUGAAAACCCUUUACUGACAAAGAGAUUUAAUAAAGAAUAAGGAUUAAAUGUUAACGAAAUUAAAAAUAUAAAGCAUAGUCAUCAUUUUAUUCUCUCAUUCCAUUUAUGAAAUAUUGUAGUCUAUUUCAUAGUGAACGUGAUAUGUAUAAUUUUUAGAAGUUACUUAUGUUCACGUCUAUCAAAUAUAUAAUUUUUACACUUUUUAUCAUUAUUAACUACAAUCUAACACAUGGUCGAAAAGGAUAUUUCGAUCAGUUUAAACGAUUUGAUACUGGUUUGCUAUCAGAAGGCUUACCAAUGUGGUUAGAAAAACGUGAAGAAUUUGGCGUUCCCUACCAUUAUGAUAGUAUUUCAAUGGCAUUGAAAGAUCGUAGUAACUUCGAACUUGAUGAACUGAAUCGAAUUAUCAGUCAAAGCAACACUAACUAUCCGUAUUUGGAAUUUUUUGAUAUUAAAUUAAAUCCAAGUGUUUAUUCUGAUGAUAUAAUAAAUCGUGAGAUGAGAGCUAAACCUGCUUUCAAAGCGGUAGGUGCUCUACAAUCUAACGGAUUACGGUCUUACAUGAAUUGGCAACCUGCAGUUAUUGGUUCAGUAUGUGCAGCAUUGGGUGUAUUGAUAAUCGCAGCAAUAGGCACAGCUUAUCAGAGACGAAAACUAUGGAAACAAUCCCAAUUAAGUCAAGAUGAAGAAUUUAUACUGGAGAAUUCAAAUUCACCAAAUAAACUAUUAUCACUUAGUUCGGAGAAUGAUCGUAAACUUGCACAAUCAGCACAAAUGUAUCACUACCAACAUCAAAAGCAGCAAAUGUUAGCACUAGAAAAAGUGAAUGAUCAUACGAGAAUUAGUGAUGAAGAUGACAGCGAAGAUGAUGUAGAUGAAGGUGAUUUUACAGUUUAUGAAUGUCCAGGACUUUCUAAUAAUGGUGAGAUCGAGGUUGAAAAUCCAUUAUUCGAUGAUAAUAAUAAUAAUAAUGAUGAUAAUAAUACUGGAGUGAAAGAGUUGAAUACAAGUGGUAGUUCAGGUGAAUUGAUUGGUUGCAGUGACUUGGAUGAGAAUAAUGUUGAUACAGUCAAUAACGGAUUUGCCAAUGAAUUUAGUAAUCGAACAAAAAAUACCACCGCCAGUGGAGAAGUAACAUCAAGCUCUACAACAACCACCACUACUACUACUACUACUACUACCACUACAGCGCCUGUACUAACGCCAAUAUAUCCAGAAAAUUUAUAGGCGGUUAACAAAUAAUUUGUCUUGGAAUGAGAAUCAAAUCAAGUUAAAUAUAUAAUGCUAAUCAUUAUUAUUUUCAUCGUGUUUUUGUU